AUUGUUCUCAAACUUUAACCGGAACGACAUUCCGGUGAGAUCCCCUCUAGUUUUGUCCCCUUUGUCGUCCCAAAUCCCGGUUGGUAAUCGAUUCUCUGGUGAAAUUUUUUUGGGGAUAAAAUCGGAGUUUUAUUAGGGUUUUAUUAAUUUCUUAAUGGGAUCCUCUUCCUCCAAAUAUCUUCCGACUUAUUCGGUUGGUACUUCUGGGCAACGAAUUCCUGACUCAAACUGUGAUUGGGGCUCGAAAUGCAUUUGUCCCAACAACGAGCACUCGUAUUCUGGCGAGUAUCUGAAUAAUUUGAGGUUGGCCCAGAAGGAGAACACGAGUACCCGAAAUUAUCUCAAAGCUUGGUUUGAGAAAAUGGAAGUGGAGCCUGGUGAAGAGGUGGAGUCCAAAUACGACGAUCGAGUCCCCACACCAGCAGAUCUGAGAUUCUUUGGAGGAGACGAAUCUGAUGAGGAACCCAAUCACUCUGAUUCAUUCGACCUAUACUAUGUGGGUGAGUGUGAGAACACAACUGCUGGUCCAGAGGUUUCUGAUGGGCAAUGUUCGGUUUCGUCCCCAAACGUGAAGGAAGAUGAAAUAAAAAAAAGCCACCUAAGGGUGUUGAUGAUGCUUAGAGAUAAGUGUGUCUUCUAUAAACCCUCUUUUAAUUAUAUUUGGAUUGCUGGUUAGCUGUGGAGACAUAAGGUGGAGUAGCCAACAACUGUGAUCUGUUGUUGGCAAGGGGUGUUGUUGUUUUGUUGAUGAUGUGAUAGGGUUUGGAGUGUAUUCAUGUCCUCUAUUAUUGCCUUGUUGCUUGAAACAUGUUGCCUUGUUGAUUGAUGAAUGUUGCCUUGUUGAUUGAUGAAUGUUGCCUUGUUGAUUGAUGAAUGUUGCCUUGUGUGCUUGUUGUUUUAAUAAUGUUGCCUGUUGAAACUGUGAUAUGUUUGCUGGUUGAUUAGUGUUGCCUUGAGAGGGGUGAAAGCAUAUGGGAUGGUUUUAUGAAUAAAAUUUUAACAUGUGAUUGGAAAAAAACAGUUUCAUUAAAGUCCCCUCUUAUUGUUUGUCUUUCCUGAAUGCUUGGUCUGUGAUGUUAGGGUUUGAAUGAGGUCUAUGAUGAGUCUUUCAGUGCUGAGAAACUAUCCAUGUUUCAUAAACCACAGUGCGCCAUUAGCAUCCAGCCGUAGGCUGUAUGAGGCUUUUGUGUGCUAAUGGUUUGUGAACAUGGUGUGGUUC